AGACACGACACUGCAGCACUGGUGACCGGAGCCAGAGCGGAGCCAGGCUGCAGUGGUGGGGAGGACCGGCAGGUCCAGAUGACUUUGACGGGACUCCAGAGGAAGGAGAGAGUGGAGGAGGAGGGCUUUGGGUUAGGGAGGGUGCUUUCGUUUGUUUUAAAUGGGAGAAACUGGAGCAUGUUGCCAAGGGCAGAGAGCCAGCAGAGAGGGGUGAAUGGAAGAAGGAGCCGAGAAGGGGGUUACUGACGAAGCCAUAUCCUGGAGGAGAGAAGGAUGGACUCCAGAGCCCAGCUUUGGGGACUGGCCUUAAAUAAAAGGAGGGCCACCCUACCUCAUCCUGGAGGGAGCACGAACCUAAAGGCAGAUCCAGAAGAGCUUUUUACAAAACUAGAGAAAAUUGGGAAGGGCUCCUUUGGCGAGGUGUUCAAAGGCAUUGACAAUCGGACUCAGAAAGUGGUUGCCAUAAAGAUCAUUGAUCUGGAAGAAGCUGAAGAUGAGAUAGAGGACAUUCAACAAGAAAUCACAGUGCUGAGUCAGUGUGACAGUCCAUACGUAACCAAAUACUAUGGAUCCUAUCUGAAGGAUACAAAAUUAUGGAUAAUAAUGGAAUAUCUUGGUGGAGGCUCCGCACUAGAUCUAUUAGAACCUGGCCCGUUAGAUGAAACCCAGAUCGCUACUAUAUUAAGAGAAAUACUGAAAGGACUUGAUUAUCUCCAUUCGGAGAAGAAAAUCCAUAGAGACAUUAAAGCGGCCAAUGUCCUGCUGUCUGAGCAUGGUGAGGUGAAGCUGGCGGACUUUGGCGUGGCCGGCCAGCUGACGGACACCCAGAUCAAAAGGAACACCUUCGUGGGCACCCCUUUCUGGAUGGCACCCGAGGUCAUCAAACAGUCGGCCUAUGACUCGAAGGCAGACAUCUGGUCCCUGGGCAUAACAGCUAUUGAACUUGCAAGAGGGGAACCACCUCAUUCCGAACUGCACCCCAUGAAAGUUUUAUUCCUCAUUCCAAAGAACAACCCACCGACGUUGGAAGGAAACUACAGUAAACCCCUCAAGGAGUUUGUGGAGGCCUGUUUGAAUAAGGAGCCGAGCUUUAGACCCACUGCUAAGGAGUUAUUGAAGCACAAGUUUAUACUACGCAAUGCAAAGAAAACUUCCUACUUGACCGAGCUCAUCGACAGGUACAAGAGAUGGAAGGCUGAGCAGAGCCAUGACGACUCGAGCUCCGAGGAUUCUGACGCAGAAACAGAUGGUCAAGCCUCGGGGGGCAGUGAUUCUGGGGACUGGAUCUUCACAAUCCGAGAAAAAGAUCCCAAGAAUCUCGAGAAUGGAGCUCUUCAGCCAUCGGACUUGGACAGAAAUAAGAUGAAAGACAUCCCAAAGAGGCCUUUCUCUCAGUGUUUAUCUACAAUUAUUUCUCCUCUGUUUGCAGAGUUGAAGGAGAAGAGCCAGGCGUGCGGAGGGAACUUGGGGUCCAUUGAAGAGCUGCGAGGGGCCAUCUACCUAGCGGAGGAGGCAUGCCCUGGCAUCUCCGACACCAUGGUGGCCCAGCUCGUGCAGCGGCUCCAGAGAUAUUCUCUAAGUGGUGGAGGAACUUCAUCCCACUGAAAUUCCUUUGGCAUUUGGGGUUUUGUUUUUCCUUUUUUCCUUCUUCAUCCUCCUCCUUUUUAAAAGUCAACGAGAGCCUUCGCUGACUCCACUGAAGAGGUGCGCCACCAGGGGCCACCCCAAUGUCGGGCGCCCGUCCAGGGACACACACAGUCUUCGCUGUGCCACAGCCAGAUGAAGUCUCUCAGAUGGGUGGGGAGGGUCAGCUCCUUCCAGUGAUCAUUUUAUUUUAUUUUAUUACUUUUGUUUUUAAUUUUAACCAUAGUGCACAUAUUCAAGGAAAGUGUCUUUAAAAACAAAAACAAACCCUGAAGUGUAUAUUUGGGAUUAUGAUAAGGCAACUAAAGACAUGAAACCUCAGGUAUCCUGCUUUAAGUUGAUAACUCCCUCUGGGAGCUGGAGAAUCGCUCUGGUGGAUGGGUGUACAGAUUUGUAUAUAAUGUCAUUUUUACGGAAACCCUUUCGGCGUGCAUAAGGAAUCACUGUGUACAAACUGGCCAAGUGCUUCUGUAGAUAACGUCAGUGGAGUAAAUAUUCGACAGGCCAUAACUUGAGUCUAUUGCCUUGCCUUUAUUACAUGUACAUUUUGAAUUCUGUGACCAGUGAUUUGGGUUUUAUUUUGUAUUUGCAGGGUUUGUCAUUAAUAAUUAAUGCCCCUCUCUUACAGAACACUCCUAUUUGUACCUCAACAAAUGCAAAUUUUCCUGUUUGCCCUACGCCCCUUUUGGUACACCUAGAGGUUGAUUUCCUUUUUCAUCGAUGGUACUAUUUCUUAGUGUUUUAAAUUGGAACAUAUCUUGCCUCAUGAAGCUUUAAAUUAUUAUUUUCAGUUUCUCCCCAUGAAGCGCUCUCGUCUGACAUUUGUUUGGAAUCGUGCCACUGCCGGUCUGCGCCAGAUGUACCGUCCUUUCCAAUACAAUUUUCUGUUGCACCUUGUAGUGGAUUCUGCGUAUCAUCUUUCCCACCUAAAAAUGUCUGAAUGCUUACACAAAUAAAUUUUAUAACACGCUUA